AUGCAUUUUCAAUUACUUCCAAACAUCAUUUUCACUUGUGAUGCUAAUAUCUCUGCUGAUGGGAUCCAGUUGACCCCAGAAAGGAAACGUCCAGAUCGGGCCUGUUCUCAUCUCUGGGACAAGUUCUCGAGUGAACUUGCAAGCUUCUCUACCAAUUUUUCAUUUGUGAUUGAUUCAUACACACAACGCAAUUAUUCUGAUGGUCUCACAUUCUUCCUUGCGGAGAAUAAUGGGGUAUCUCUCUAUGCUGGAGCCAUGGGUCUACCAUACGAUAGUGCAUACGGUGUCACCUAUGAUGCACCGAAACUCCAAACAGGUAGCCAUACCCGUAUUGACAUUAACACUCUUUCAUCUGUAAGGAGUUCAAAAUGGUUAACGGACAUGCCUAAUGGGAGACAAUGUCAAGCUUGGAUCGAGUAUGAUUCCGAUUCAAAAAAUCUAAGUAUUUCCUUUACUAAUAUUGAAGACAAUAAUGUUGUAAGGAAGGAUGGACUUUAUUACAACAUUGAUUUGAGGGAUGUGUUACCUGAAUGGGUUAUUUUCGGGUUUUCUGCUGCCACCGGUGCUGAUAGGUUUCAGAAAAACAUUGUAAAAUCUUGGGAUUUUAAUAGUUCUGAUUUGAAAGUCGAUAAAACCAAAGUGUUAACACCAACCCCUAACCUGAACCCAGGGAAUGGUAAAAGCAAGAUUCGCCCACAUGUAGUGGGAUUGAUAGCUGGAGUAGCGGUUCUAUUUACCUUUUUGGCUACACUGGCAUUUGUUUUAUGGCGGAAAAUCAAAACGCAUAAACACAAAGUGGAAGAACUUCAAUUUACUGUAGAAAUGAACAAUGAAUUUGAAACUGGGCCUAGAAGAUUUUCAUACGCUGAAUUAGCUCAGUCAACGGCUGGUUUUUUAGAGAAUGAAAUGCUUGGAGAGGGAGGUUUUGGUGGAGUUUACAAAGGCUUUCUCAAAGACUCGAGUACAUAUGUCGCAGUCAAAAGGAUUUCGAAGUCCUCCAGAAAGGGGAUGAAGGAGUUUGCAUCUGAAGUUAGAAUCAUUAGUCGGUUAAGGCACAUAAAUUUGGUGCAACUUACUGGAUGGUGCCACCAGAGAGGAGAACUACUGCUUGUUUACGAGUUCAUGAAAAAUGGAAGCUUAGAUUUACAUCUAUUCAAUGGUAAGAGCUUGCUCACAUGGGGCACAAGGUACAAGAUUGCCCAUGGACUGGCUUCGGAUUUGCUUUAUUUACAUGAGAAAUGGACUCAAUGUGUUUUGCCUAGAGAUAUCAAAUCCAGUGAUUUGAUGUUGGAUUCAAAUCUCAAUGCAAAGCUUGGUGAUUUUGGUCUAGCUAAGUUGGUUGACCAUGAGAAAGGCCAUAAGACAACGGUUGCGGCUGGAACAAUGGGUUACAUGGCUCCGGAAUGUGUAGCCACCGGAAAGGCAAGCAAAGAAUCAGAUGCCUAUAGCUUUGGAAUUGUGGCACUAGAAAUAGCAAGCGGGAGAAAGCCUAUCGAUUACAAGGCAAGAAAAGAAAAUCAAAUAUACUUAGUGGAAUGGGUGUGGGAACUGUAUAGUGCUGGUGGACUUUUAAAAGCAACCGAUCCACAUCUCAGGUCAGAUUUUGAUGAAGAAAUCAAGCGUUUGAUGAUCGUGGGCCUAUGGUGUGCACACCCUGACUCAAAACACCGCCCAUCGAUAAGACAAGCGAUUCAGGUACUGAACUUUGAAGCUUCUUUGCCUGUACUCCCCUCAGAGAUGCCAGUUGCCUCUUACAAUAUCCCUGAUGCCAUACCGAGAGAUUUGUCGAAACAGGCGUCUUCUUCAACACAUUCAUACCUAUUUGGUCGUUAAAUGCUUUUGUUGGCCCAAAUAUGUCGCAUGCCCGUUUCGUUUGAUCUAUGUUAUGUAUGUGUUUUUAAACUUGUACCUACUAAUUUCAAUGCUAUUAGUC